AUGCUCGGCCUGGGCGACAUGGCCUCGUCUCCUGACGCAGCUGCCGAGCUUUGGAAGCAAAAGCACGGCGAGGACGUUUUCGAGGACUGGUUUACGAGGUGCGAGGAGUAUGAGCCUUCAGCCAUGGGCUAUGGAGUAACGCUGCUUGACGGGACUUUGACCAGAUUGAGAUUUCGCAAGACGUCCGAUCACCCUCAAGGCUACCAGGCCGAGUGGCGUGUCGCCAACCGCAACUUUCCCCUGCCGGAAAGUUUGCAGCUGCAACCGGCUAUCGAGCGGGUCAUGAAGUAUUUCUCGAAACCACAUCAGGUCAUCGAGCUGGAUGCAGACGCGCAGGCAUGGCAGUUGUCAUACCAGGGGGCUCUCAAUGUGCAAAGUCACAUCCUUCGAGAAAGAGGUGACGUGGAGCUGGGAGCUCGGCUGGGAGCUGCGCCGUGGCAUUGCGGUGUACUCGCAGGGUUAUUGGCUGUGUUCGAGUUGUUUGUCGGCGUCCACCCCACGGACAUGACUCUGAAGGUGAGCAGACAUCACCUACAACGGGCCUUCCAGAUCCUGAAGCUGGUCCAUAAGCUGAAGGACAUAGCCCUGGGAGAAGCUGGAUCGGAUCCCGAGGCUGUCCGAGGAGGAUAUGCUAGAGAAGCUCUUGGGGCAAGGAGUUGCGCCGUAUCUUUCCCAAGAUUUGCCAAUUUCACACAAGUGGAGGCAGGAAUGUCGCAAGCAAGCGGCGCGGAGGCAGCUGCUGGCCAGAACGAGGAGGACAUGAUCAUUUCUGUGUGCCAGUGCUUCAAUAUUCCUCUCUCGUGGGCCAAAUUACAGUUUGGUGCACGUGUGGUUUGGAUAGGCUGGUCGUUUAACCUGCGCUCACACUCCUUUCAUCUGCCAUACGAGAAGCUCGAGAAAUUGGGUACAAUGCUGUCGACACUGCUCAAAGGCGAGUUCACUACGCGGCAUGAAUUGGAGAUCGUUGCCGGUUAUUUGCAGUGGGUUUUCCAGAUGCACAAACUGCUUAAGCCUUGGUUGUCAUGUUUGUACGAUGACAUGCGUCGUCCAGUUGCAACUUCAUACUCCGUGGAGCCUUCACAGAGGAUUGAGUUCAUUUCCUGCAUUUCAGAUGACCUUCUGAUCCAGCGGCAGUUACCUGGCGCGGCGCUCCCUCUGGGUGGUCGUCUCCUUUCGGUGAAACAUCAGGCCUUGCGCAGCAAAGCAGAUCUACGACGUGUUGGUAUUUCACCAAAGCGUAUCUGGCUUCGCAUAACCAAUCCUGCGUCAUCCAAGCGUCGACUUUCGCAUCAAUCAAAGGUCUUCCUGCGAUACUGGCAGCAAUGGGCGCAGAUGCCUUUCUUUUCUCGCCCCCUGGCUAUGCCGCCUCGCUGGCUCCCAGACGCUUUCGCUGCAGAUGCCUGCGCUUCUGGCAACAAGAUUGGGAUUGGCGGUUUCAUCAAGAUGGGCGAUGCACCUGCAGUGUGGUUUUCUGAGGUAUUCAGCCUUCGUUCUCUUCAGAAACUGAUCUCUGAUCUACCGUCAGUUGCACAAGAGGCCAUCACGUGCUGGGAGACUUUGGCCCAAAUGGGGCUUGUUCUUCUUUUGGCUUCAUGCUUUCCUGGCGGACGACUUAAGAUCUGUGUACCUUCUUGGUGUGACAAUACUGGGGCGGAAUCUACAUCGAACAAGUUGUUCUGCACAUCUCUUCCCCUGGCUUUCUUUGCGCAAAAGCUUUCGCUUCUUUCUUGGCAUACUGGCAUUUCUCUGGAUGUUCAUCACGUUGCUGGUUUCGAAAACACUAUUGCUGAUCAUCUGUCACGGUGGAUGGAAGGAGAGGAGCUGCCAUCUGGUUUUUCAUUGGAUGAUCGUUUUCGGCUUUCAUGGGAAAUGCUUUGGCAUUUCAAACCUGAUGUUCGCAUCUGGCCUGAGUCACACGGGCUUCUUUGGCAACCGCAAUCUUUUGCUUUUUCUUGA